AUGGCCCAAGCCAAGGCCAGCCGAAGAGAUUCGGACAAGUACUGUCAAUACCACCGGACUCAUGGCCAUGACACCAACGAUUGCUACCAGCGGAUAAAUGAGAUAGAAAGGCUCAUUAAAAGGGGGCAUCUCAGAAACUUUGUGAACAAACCAGAGGGGAAGAGACCUCAGCAAAAUGCGAUGGCGGAGAGGCCUCGCAGGCAGACGGGAGGACUUGUGAAUGAUGAAUCCAGUAGGACAAUCAACAUGAUCGUGGGAGGAUCUGGGGGACGAAUGAGCAGGAGGGGAAAGAAGAGGAGCAGGAGUGAAGAAGGAAGCAGUGCCGAAAUCAUGCAUAUAGUGGAACACUCCCUUGUGACCAUCUCUUUCUCUCCAGAAGACGCCUAUGGAAUCCAAAUGCCUCAUGACGAUGCCCUGGUCAUUGAAGCCGUCAUUCACAACUUCGGAGUCCGCAAAGUCCUGGUGGAUAAUGGGAGUAAGGUGAAUUUGCUACCUUACCGGGUCUUUCAACAAAUGAAUAUACCUGAAGAACAGCUAGUCAGGGAUCAAGCUUUGGUUAAGGGGAUAGGCGGAACCUCCGUGGCAGUAGAAGGGAAAGUGAAGGUAGCCCUAAUGCUAGGAGAACCACCACUAGCCCGCACCCAUUAUGCAAUAUUCCUUGUGGUGAAGCCACCCCUAAACUACAACACUAUUUUGGAAAGGCCGGUGUUGUAG